AUGUGGGAGGACGGCAAGUGGGGGAGUUUUCGCUGGUCACGGGCGAGCUUACUCCUGCUAUUCUUGUGCCUCUUCAUUCUUCGUCCAGUCGUCAAGAAGCUCGUUGCUUACAGGAGAGAUUCAGCAUUUGGGCAUCGCAUACAUUGUAUGCCACCCCCAGAGCUCCCGAACAAAUGGCCGCUGGGCAUCGACCGGGUGCGCGAACUAUGGACCUCGAAUGCUGAGGGUCGUCUUCUGGCAUUCCUAUGUUCGAUCGCCAAGGACUAUGAGCCUCGCAAUAUGCUCUCUCAGUAUCUGCUUUUUGGCCCGCGCGCCUUUCAUAUCCUCGAACCCCGGAACCUGGAGGCAGUUUUGUCUUCCAACUUCGUGGAUUACGGCUUUGGAGUCCGCGGGGAGAUUUUUGCUCCUCUCCUAGGCCAGGGCAUCUUUACGCAAGAAGGUGCUGCCUGGAAACAUUCCCGUGAGCUUUUGAGGAAACAAUUUGUCCGAGCACAAUAUCAGAACCUCAGCCACUUCCAGGAACAUGUUGAUAAUCUUUUGACCCAUAUCCCAAACCAGGGAGUGGUCGAUUUGCAACCCCUGUUCUUCAGCCUCACAUUGGACACAACUACGGCUUUGUUGAUGGGAAGGUCGGUCUACAGCCUGAGAGCAAAUAUUGACCAGGACGCCGAAAACAGAGAUUUUUCCGAGAGCUUCAACAUAGCUCAAGAAGGGCUUGCAAAGCGAUUCCGUAUCGCUCCAUGGCACGCUCUGUACAAUCCACCGGCCUUUCGACGAGCAUGUAAAAGCGUCCACGCCUAUGUGGAACGGUACAUCGAGCAAAGAGAUCUCUUUAACAAGAAGCACCGUUCUGAUGAAGAUACGUACGGUUUUAUUGACCAGAUAGCCAAAGAGUCAAGGAGCAGGACCGAACUCAGGGACCAGUUGUUGAACAUCCUCCUGGCUGGUCGUGACACAACGGCCUGUUGCUUGUCAUGGACGUUCCGUCUUCUCGUCCGCCAUCCUCAGGCGAUGGACCGUCUCCGAACAGAAAUUACCGCGGUCAUGGGAAACUGUGCACAUCCAACCAGAGAACAAAUCCGCAAGAUGCCAUUCCUCUCGUGCGUCAUCAAGGAGAGUCUCCGCUUGUAUCCACCAGUGCCUUUGAACAACCGGCAAGCAAUCAAAACAACCAUCCUACCAACCGGUGGCGGACCUGACGGGAAGCACCCGAUCCUAGUCAGAAAAGGUGAACUAGUCGUGUUUUCGCAAUACGUGAAUUCCCGUGUAAAGAGCAUAUAUGGGCCAGACGCGGACGAGUUUCGCCCUGAAAGAUGGGAAGGGGAUGAGCUUGCAAAGAUUGGCUGGGCCUAUUUUCCCUUUAAUGGAGGGCCGAGACAGUGCCUGGGCGAAGACUUCGCGCUGAUGGAGGUCUCGUACACGAUAGUGAGGCUGCUCCAGGCCUGUUCGACCCUUGAUCUGCCAGAUGGCGAGAUCGAUGAGGGCGUAGGCCAGGAGAAACAAAGGCUGACACUCGUCUUGUCAAGCGCCGAUGGCUGUAGGGUCCAGUAUGUCCGACGAUAGCAGAUCCUCUCUUAGAACUAGCAACCAUCGUCCAUUCGUCCAGGGCGCACCUUAAUAGG